GUUCUGUGGAUAGAAGCUGAAACUACAUCGGCCAUGGAUGAUCUUGACGGUUUUACUCGCUGCUCAAAACUGAGGAAACUGGUUCCCACGGCUGAUUACUCUGGAGAUAUUAGUUCUUAUCCGCUUAUGGCUCAGGUAACUACUCUAAAAUGCGGUGGAGUCUGUCUUGGAAUAGCAACUCAUCAUACAUGGAACAACGGCCUUUCAUUUCAUCAAUAGUUGGUCUGAAAUGGCAAAAGGCUUGCCCCAAAUUAGCAUGCCACCACUUAUUGAUCAUGACCGAACCCUUCUCCGAGCAAGAGUGCCGCCAACCCCUAGAUUUCAUCAUCUCGAAUAUGACCCACCUCCUUCCUUAAACACCACUACGUCACUUGACCCUAAUAAUCAUAAACCCUCCAAUGUAUCUGUUUUCAAGAUCACACAAAAUCAACUUAAUAACCUAAAAGCCAAGUCCCGGGAACGUGGAAACAAAACCAAUUACAGCACCUACACCAUUCUAGCUGCAUACAUAUGGCGCUGUGCAACUAAAGCUCGAGGCCUCUCAUAUGAUCAGCCAACCAAGUUACACAUGCCAAUUAAUGGACGUCCCAGACUACAUCCUCCCCUCCCAUCAACGUACGUGGGCAAUGCAAUGUUUUUGGCUUCAUUAAUAGCUCUAUCUGGAAAUCUCCAAUCAGAACCGUUUGUAAAUACCCUAGAACGAGUUCAUGGAACAUUGAAAAGGAUGAAUAAUGAGUAUCUAAGAUCAGCUGUAGACUACCUAGAAACACUGCCAGAUACAACAGUUUCCAGGAGAGAACCAGACAUUUACCAGUGCCCAAACCUAAGUAUCAACAAAUGGACACGACUGUCUAUAUAUGAUGCAGAUUUUGGAUGGGGUCGACCAAUAUACAUGGGUCCAGCAAACGUUGUCCAUGAAGGAAAAAUAUACACACUACCAAGUCCAACAGAUGAUGGAGCUUGUCACUGGUAGCUAGCAUGCCUACAGACUGCUCAUAUGAAACUCUUCGAGAAACAUCUAUACGAAGGCUUGAAGUCAUUUGACAAAAUCAAAGCUCGAUAUUAGUUGUUUGUUCCCUCUAUCAAUAUAUGUAUAAACCUAUAAAUCUUCUACUUCUGUUUAUUUAGCUAAAACUUUGUUUGAA